UUCAGCAUUCUUUCUCUUACUUUCAGAGUGAAAAGCUUGGUGACAAUAUGGCAAUUUUCUAUCAUUAUUCUUAUAAUUAUUACUAUUUCGGUGUGGAGGAUCAAACCUAGAGCCUUAGUUUGCUGGACAAGUACUCUACCCCUGAGCUACAUCCCCAGCUGCAUAUGGAAAUUUCUAGGCCUCCAGCUGAACCAGAAGGCCCUCACCACCUUCCCAGAUGUGGUGGUUGUGCGGGUGUCCACACCCUCUGUGCAGUCAGACAGCGACAUCACUGUCCUGAGGCACCUGGAGAAGCUGGGCUGCCGCUUGGUCAACAGCUCACAGAGCAUCUUAAACUGCAUCAACAAAUUCUGGACAUUCCAAGAGCUGGCUGGACAUGGAGUUCCCAUGCCAGACACCUUCUCAUAUGGUGGACAUGACGACUUCUCAAAAAUGAUUGACGAGGCUGAGCCCCUGGGCUACCCAGUCGUGGUGAAGAGCACACGAGGCAACCAGGGAAAAGCUGUUUUUCUGGCAAGAGACAAACAUCAUCUCUCAGACAUCUGCCAUCUGAUCCGCCACGACGUGCCCUACCUGUUCCAGAAAUACGUGAAGGAGUCCCACGGAAAAGAUAUCCGGGUUGUGGUGGUUGGGGGUCAGGUGAUAGGCUCUAUGCUUCGCUGCUCCACAGAUGGACGGAUGCAGAGUAACUGCUCUCUUGGUGGUGUGGGUGUCAUGUGCCCACUGACAGAACAAGGCAAGCAGCUGGCGAUUCAGGUAUCCAACAUCCUGGGCAUGGACUUCUGCGGCAUUGAUCUUCUCAUCAUGGACGAUGGCUCCUUUGUGGUGUGUGAGGCAAAUGCCAAUGUCGGCUUCCUAGCCUUCGACCAGGCAUGCAACUUAGAUGUGGGUGGGAUCAUCGCAGACUAUUCCAUGUCCUUGCUGCCAAAUAGGCAGACUGGGAAGAUGGCUGUCCUCCCAGGACUGUCAAGCCCCAGGGAGAAGAAGGAGCCAGAUGGUUGUGCUUCCGCUCAGGGAGUCACAGAGAGCGUCUACACCAUCAACAAUGGGUCUACCUCUAGCGAGAGUGAGCCUGAACUGGGAGAGGUCCGGGAUUCCUCGGCCAAUACAAUGGGGGGCCCAGCCCCUGUGCUGCCCGAGCCUGGCUACAACAUUAACAACAGGAUUGCUUCAGAAUUAAAACUUAAAUGAAUUCCUGCUUUUUGGCAGCAUUUAAACCAAAUCCUACUGCUUCCCUGGUAGUUUCAUGUGAAUAAAAUCUGGACUAAUGUGAUUUCAUUUGCACAGGAACUAGAAAUCCCAUCUGGGCACUCAGCAUUCUUUCUAACGAUGAUUUGAGCAAAUGGCCUAGCUUUGUGGUUUUUACAAAGGCCAAUAUGAAAACACUCACCACCGCCACCACCAUCUCAGCUGAUCAGAUUGAGACUAAUGCCUGCUGUGAGUACGUGGAUAGAAUGGUAGGCUUUAAGGCACUGACUCUCUGCUGCUGUUUCUGGCUGUUAGCAGUUGAGAACACGAAUUUGGACCUGCUCCUGGAAACACUGCUCGAGAGCAACCACGAGAUAGAAGCGUGUGCAGGUGGAAUGUGACUGCAGUCAUAUGUUCUUCACUCAGCAUGUGUGUGAUGCUUGGAAAAUACAUAGCUGAAAUACUAUCAGAGGAUCAGGCUCUGCUCCCCGUCAGUCACAUCCUGACCACAUUUCUUCAACACUCAGGAUAUGGUGUUUUAGGACGUUUCUUCAUGAGCAUUCGCAAUGAAGCACUUUGUAGAAAGUGGGAUUGAGUGUUCUUUGACCUUACCGGUUAGCAUAUGUCCUGCUUUGUAACUGGGACUUUCUACACAUUGAUUUGCCACUCUGAAUUCACCCUGCUUCAACUAAUGCCAGCUCCAGCAGCUUCUUGCACCUUUGCUGCCUUUGGCCUCAGCUGGAAAUGAGCUUCAGUGGGCUGGUGGCCAUACACUGUUUCUUAAGCGUGCACUAGAAUUUAACACCAUGGACUUGCUUUUCAACAGACUGUUUGCUUGUCAUCCAGAAGCCAAUGGGUUUUUACCACAGAAAGUUACCAGAAGAUAAUCAUUCUUCUCCUUCCUCUACUGAAACUUUAUGUGUUGUGUAGAAGGUUUUCUGUAUGAGUUGAUAUUGCGGGCCUUUUGGGUAGGGCCAGCCAUUGGAAACACAUUCUGAUCCCCGGACAGUCUACUCUUAUCCCGGCUCCAGAAACCUGUCCUUACCCCCUUUUCAGAACUGAGGAGACUCAGGUAUCAGCAAUUACUCCUUGCACAUUGUGGGAGGGAAGCUCAUGUAGAUAAGACACCAAGUGCUUUUCAUUUUAACUCUUCAAGCAGUAGAUCAGAUCUCUCCCUUGGGAGAAAUCAUAGUGAAGGAGUUUCCAUUUCUGUUUAUAUGAAGUAUAACUGAAAAUGAGUAAUGACCAAAUACACUAGGACAUGUGCACUCAAGAAUUACCAUUACUGGAGUUCUUUCCUUGGGAAACCAUACUCUUGAGCUAUGAUGUUGCAUGUGCCAAGAACACUAUAAUUCCUCUUUGGGAUUAUCUUUGAAGCCAUGAGAGGAAAGAAGUCUCACAACUUUAUAAUCAGACCUUCUUUUGUUGUUUUAAACUCCCUCCUGCUAUACCACCUGCAAAGGUAGUGCAAAGCUUCUCACCCAUUUCAUUUAUCAGACUUAUUUUCUAAUACCUUUGGGCUGUAAAAAAAAAAAUCCUCGAAAAAUAGAUCUGCCCUGACAGGAAAAAGAUUGACCAAUCUGAGGAAGCUUACAAGUUGACAGUUUCCAGAGUUCUAGAAAUGUUCUGCAUAAGGUGAGCUUCAUGAAAUAAAUAUAUAUCUUUCCAAGGUAACUACUUUGAAGGCAACACCACCCAUUUGAGUGCAUACUUCCUCUGCUGUAAAUGUAAAAUGAGUGCAAAGUUAAACUAUUACAUUUUUCACAGAUUUAGGUAGAAAUUGGCUCUUAAAAUAUUGUAGUUAAAACCAGAUCUCACCAAGGAUCAGUUGUACAAUUGAAAAGUGGUUCCAUGUGGCGGAAAUGUCACGCAACACUGUUGUAGUUUAAAUGCAGUCCAUAGGGUGCAUGCCAUUGAACUGUAACCCAAGUAGUAUGUCUUGUACAGUUGAAAAUUGAUAAUACUUCACCCUUAACUAGGUUAAGACGUACCUUACCUUUACCGCUCUGAGUGGCUUUAGAAGAAAGUUUUCGGUUCUUGCUGGAACUAAUCAGAUUUUUUCUGUGUAAACAUCUGAAACAAGUGUUGACCUCCCAGAAGCUGCAUUCAUUUCAUGUUCACUGUUUGGUGAAAGACUUGUCUCCACAAUUUGUCUAAAAGCAUACUAGCCAGGUCCCAUUCUGAGCAGAGCAGCUAGCAUGUCUCCAGAGUCCUUUGCCAAAGGAGACCUGUUUUCCAGCUGGUAGUGACAUCUGUUGUCAUUGGCGUCAUUGCCUGGAACUAAUCCUGUCCAGAAGUAGACAAGGAUGGGUCACAGCUGGAUCCUUCCCAGAUUUGUCCAUACCAUAGCUGGCUGUGUGCUCUGUGAGCCUCAGCCAGGUGGCCCAGGCACACAUGUCACAGCUGCCCAUGCCUGCAAGAAAAAACAAAGUACUGAGCCAAAGCCUGGCUCUGACUCUUCCCUCAGGCAGUGACCAUCCUUGUAUGAUCUUGUGAGCUCUGUGUAUACAUUUUCCCACUCUUCAGACAGGGAAAGCCUAUUGUAUUUACCUCGACACUGAGGAUGAGUCAAUAGGCAAGGCUGUACAUUAUGUGGAAGGUGGUAAUAGCACCUCCAACACCUGGUUUUAUCACAAUUUAUCAUCUCAACACCUCUGAAGAAGUUAAAGAAGGAUACCGUGAAUUCCUGGCAUUAACAAACCAAACAGUGGAGGCCCUGAGAAAGGAAUGCGGCUUCUCGGAGUCCUUCCUUCCAGCUAAGGAAACUUACGAUCUGAAAGGAAUAAGGCUUUGGGGAUAUUCCAAGAGCCUUCUGGAUGUGUCGAUUAUAACCUGAAACCCUUGACUCUUGUGUACCAACUUACAAAGUCUUCCUUAUGUAACAUAGAUUCAAUGUCUGUAUAUGGUCUUUAUCUAGUAUUAGCAUCUUGAAACUGGUCAAAACUUGAAUGGCAAUCAAUAGCUCAGUCACUCAGAAUAUAUAUGAUUCUGCACUUGGGGAAAAUGUCUUCCUGCUAUUUGUCUGAUUGGGUAUGGAGUGAACAGAGUAUGGAUUGGGGCCUUAGAUCUUUAGGAUCUGAAAAACAACAUAAGCGGAUCAUAAGCCAUUACUGUCCCAGUAGUAGACUCGGUGCUCCCAGCUAAGGGAGUCCGUGAUGAUUGGAAUACAAUGAGGAGGAAAGAGAAGAGGGAAGGUCUGGCAUAGUUUUGUGGGAGAAAAAGUUGAGAUGACUUGGAAUUCUAGUGGGAAGGAAAAAAUGGCUCUCUUGUGGGUUAUUUUAGUGAAAGAAUCACAAAUAUACUGAUUAAAAGUAGAUGUCUGAAGCCAGCUGCCCUGUAUAAAGAUACUGAGGUGCAUGGACUUGUAUCCAACCUGGAGAAUUGGGGGAGACGUGCCUCAUCCCUUCUUUAAGUCUCAAGGAAUUCUAGUUUUGAGAACACUAAAUCUGAAGAAGAUGGAAGCAGCUAAUGGGUACAUGGUGUUCCAGGACCACUCAAGUAACAGCUGACCCUCCCAGAAUUGAAUGGAUCAGGAUACCAUGGGUGGCAAAGCCAGAGCCACAACUUAUUGAGGGGAGAGAAGGGAGUCAAGCCUGAACAUGAAUCCAACAUCAAAUAAGCCACUUCAGCUUACUACUUCCCCUUGCCCUGGAGGAGAGGCCUCUGUUUGCAGUUGAUCUGUGUGGAUGUUUUGGGAAGGACCCUGAAAACAGCUACUUCUCAUUGUCCCUGAAGUUAAUGUUCUUAGGUCUUGGGCUAUAGCCUAAUAGACCUGAUGCUGCUUUUGACUUUGCCACUGAGAUUCAAGAUCAGUACAGAUGAUCAGUUUAAAAUGUUUUUAUCUGGAGACCAUGGUUCACAGGAUGUUUUAAUCUUCCCUAAAACUAGAUCACGCCCCUUUCCAAAUCUAUAGCUCUGCUCUGUAGCCCUCUCUCCUAAAAUGCACACAGCUGAAUGUGAACUUUCUUCCUUCAUGCCUUCUGAUGCCCGUCUUCAGGUACAGUUCCUGCCAACAUGCAGCAUUAUCCCAAGGCCUGGGCUGGUAUCUUAACCCUAUUUUGUGACCCUGUUCUGUGAAGUUCAUCUUCUCUGGGACUUCAAAGCAACAUUAGGAAAAUCACCCCGAAGAGCCAGAUUGGAGGCCACAGGAAUAGCAGCCCUUGGAAAGCAGUCUAGUCCCCAUUUUAUAAAAAGGGUAUCUGGCUCCAGAUACCACAGUCACUUAGCCAGGGAGUAGCAAGGCUGAAUCCAGGCAAGGUGACUUUGAUCCAGGUUAGUACACAGCCAGAGGUGGGUCUGUUCCUUACACAUCUAGCACUUCCUGCUAUCCUGAGCCCACCCUCUGCUGUUUCCCCUUCUGCUGAGCCUCUUCUGGAUCAAUGUGGUGGUGAUAGGCAAGCUGUCAGUACUUCAACACUUACAUCUAGGCGGGCACCCCAAAGGCACGUAUGAGACUUCCAGGGUGCAAGCUGGUUCUAGUCCUGCAUCCUCUUCAAGAUUAGCCAGGACCGUUCAGCCCACCCCAUACUAGGUGAUAGCUGACUGAGGGCUUCCUCGGCCCCAAUUUGGCUGAUGUCCUCUCACUGCCGCUGGGCUCAAAAGCUGAGGAUUUGGUGUUCUGAACUGUCAAGCACACCUACAGGGGAAUUUGCUACACACACUCCACUUGCAAACAGCAACAAGGUCAGAAGUUCCCUCCCACUUUCUUUGCCACAGUGUGUCCCACUAGGCACAGAUUCUUCUCUGUUACAGCCCAAAUGUCAACUAAGAACCCUCACCCUUCAAACCCAACUGGGUCUAAUAACUGGUGCUCCCAUUCUGAUCCUUUGGGAUUUCUGUGAUUUCUAAGGGAUUUUUUUUUUUUUUUGAAGCUGCUGCUGAUUCUAGACUUCUGCUACCUCAUCGUAAGCAAUAGUGCAGUCUCAUCUCUGCACUGCAUCAAUGAAGACACGAAGCUCAGUGUCGUCCCCAUUUCCACCCUUAGCAAAACUCAGAUGAAUGUGCGUGCGCGCACACAUCUGGAUUUGAGAAGGAAGGGCAGACACUGCAGCAGUGCACACUUGGCAACACGUUCAGAAUCAUCUUUUCGUUUACUACACAGUAGUCUCCACUCACUUGCCAUCCCAGGUGUUCCCCGUCUCUCUUGGAACAUGCCAGAUCCACUUAUGUUCUUAUGUAUAAUCAUUUCUACUUUUUUACUUUUUUUUUUUAUACUGGGGAUCGAACUCGGGACCUUGUGCUUGCAAGGCAGGUGCAGUGCCACUGAGCUACAUCGCUAUGUUUUUUCUUUGAUUCCUAACACUCUUACCUUCAUGAUUUCACCCUUUAGUAUUUACAGAAGGAAUUUCCCAAACAAAGCCAAGUCCCUCCUCAAGAGGAACUCUCAUGCCAUCUCUGAAGAUGAUACAUUUCAUUCUCACUAGGAUAACCCAGCACCCUAGCAGCCAUGCUCACCCCUAGCGUGCCAGGGGCGUACCCCUAGGCUAUGGGGACUACUGUGAAUGGAAGCAGUUUGAGUCAAGUGGGCUUCAAAACUUGACUCAGAUAAGCUAGAGCUUGUGUGACCUUAGGUACAGUCACCUCAACUUGUUCAGUCUUGGUUUUGACACUUCUGAUGCAAUCAAUAAACACAGUCUUGAAAAUAAACUACUUGAAUACAUACUUUCUUCAGAUUCCUUUCCUUUGGCUGCCCCCACUGUGAGCAAUCACAAGCCUUCCUGUGCUUGUGGCUCAGUGCCAAGGGAUAAAAGCUGACAGACAGCAGCUUUGCAGCUGGGAAUAGGGAUGCUGGGGGUAGGGCUGGCAGCUGCUCAAGCAGGCUGUCGUUUGAGCUUAAUGAUAGGAAGGUCCCAUCCAUCCUUGAGAUUUCUUGAUGUUAUAUGCAAAUACAAGAGGUGUAUCUGGCUUAGAAACAUUCUGAAGGAAAGGCUGCCUCAGACAACGGGAGGCUGUAAAGCUGAGGUGCAGCCUGACCUUGAGUGAUUUAGCCUGUUUUUUCUGGCUUUUCCUGUAUUAGGUUUACUGGCCUUGCAUCAGAUGGAAGGAGGAGGUGCCAGGGACUUGAAUCAAAACUAUCAAGCAGAGGUUGAGGGGAAUGCAGGAGGCCCAGGCUGUGCAGAUAACUGUUAGACAGCACCAUCUGCACUCGGCAGGGAUGACAGCCGAGAUAGAUGGGAGCAGCCAAUAAAGUAGCUAAACUUCUGCCUGUCCUGAGUGGGACUCUUAGAGUCUCCUAUUUAGAAGGAUACUGAUUUCCUAUAAGGGGAGAGCGGAGGGCCCUUAAUCACUCUGUGGAGCCAACAAAGGUCUUUGUGGAGGCAGGACUAGUUGUGCCUGGUGAGUUUAGAUUCACCUGGAGUCCCCUGAGCUCCAGCAAUACACUGAAGCAGGGUUGUACCAGCCAAGAGAGCAGAUCGUUAGAUUUCUAGGAAUGUUGUGAGCUGGUUUUUAAACACAACCAUUAUUAGACAUUAAGUUAUAUAAAUUUAUAAUUAAGGUAGGUAAAACCUCAAAAAUCAUGAACUUCCUAAUUGUUUUACUAUUUAUAUUCUUGAGGCUAUUGACAUCUAUUGUAUUUGUGUGGUGGAAAUACUAUAUAAUUGUGUGCCACUGACCGUCUCUCCCCAACUCCACUAUACAGAGGCAUCACACUUGUAGUUUACAAUCAGCUACAGUGGGAAUGUCUACACCAGCAGUGGGCAAACACCACAUAGCAUGGCCUGUGGGCUGGUGGUUAAACAUUUAGGAGUGCACCACCACUUCUGGGUGACAGAG